AAAAGAAGAAAUUUGACAUUGACAAGAGACGUAUCAUGAGCUUUUUUUCUCGUGUUUCCUUUGAUUUUCCGUUGGCUAGGUUAUGUUAUGAAGUUUGACUUGAUUAAGAUCAAAUAAAAAGUCAAGAACAGACGGAAGUGAGAAAAACCAUUAUUAAAUUUACCUGGAGUUAUUUCAUAAGCGUAUUAAGAUGACUUUGAGCAAGACUAAAAGGCUUUUGCUGGGACUGACCGCCGUUUCUGGCGUUGCCACGAUUUAUUACGAGAAUAAUGUUAACAGGGCUCAGAAUUCCUGGACCACCAAUUACACACCUUCUACGUUUGCAAAAUGGGAUGAUAAUUGGGAUCAUCGAUCGCCGAAAUUUCUCCAAAACACCAAAGGAGGAAAACUCUCAGAAUCAGAUGAGAAUAAAUUAAACGAACAAAAGGAAAAGAAGCCAAGGGCGUUCAGGCACAUCAUUUUAAUCAGACAUGGGCAGUACAAUUUAAGUGGCGGCUGCGACAGUGAAAGAAUCCUCACUAAAUUAGGUCGAUUGCAAGCCGAAUGCACUGGAAAGAGAUUGAAAGAACUGAAUUUACCUUACACAGAGAUUAUAAAGUCUACCAUGAUCAGGGCCCAGGAAACUGGAAAUAUCAUAUCAGAUUUUUUACCAAAGCUCCCAAUAGAAAACUGCGAUCUUUUAAGAGAAGGAGCGCCAGUACCCCCCGAGCCCCCGAUAGGCAGUUGGAAACCUGAAAAUUAUAAGUUUUACCAAGACGGCUCUCGAAUCGAAGCGGCUUUCAGAAAGUAUUUCCACAGGGCUGAUCCCGAUCAAGAAAAGGAUUCCUACACCAUAUUGGUGUGCCACGCCAAUGUUAUAAGAUAUUUUGUUUGCAGGGCUCUACAGUUCCCGGCUGAAGCCUGGCUCAGGCUGUCUUUGAAUCACGCCAGUAUAACUUGGGUCAGUAUAACGCCCAGCGGCAGAUGCAUUCUGAGAGUGUUGGGUGAUACGGGACACAUGCCUCCCUCUUACAUCACCAGCUCCUGAUUCUACCACAAACAAGUGGCCCAAGAAAUUAAUAUCUAUUAAUGCGCAUUUUCCUUUAUUGGAUGUGGACAUGUUUGUAAAUUUUGCACUCGACAGGGAUUAGAUUUUCUGUCCAAGAUAGCAAGGCCUAAAGUAUAAAUAACUCAUCGAGUAUACAUAUAUGUAAUGUAAAAUCAACAAAUUCUAACACUAAAUUUGAAAAAACGCAUUGCUAGAUCAUUAUGCACUGGAGAUCGAAUUUACAAACAUUUCAUCUGUAAUAUUGUAUUAAUUACUGCUGUAAAUACGAGUAUUACCUACAUGUAUAUAUUUUUUAUUAAUUUAGUAGAGGAUAAUCAAGAAUAAGUUUAUUAAAAAUACCUUACAUUUUAUUAUUUAGCAGUCCUUUAAUCAUAAAGAAAAAUGUAGAA